CGGCCUGACGCUCGGCUGGAACAGUGGCCGCCUGAAGCCCGUGCGAGCAGGGAGCGACGAGUGGAGUUCGCAGCCUCCCUCCGCCCUCCCUCAGCCUCUUCCUUUCCAUGGCAGAGCGGGGAACGCAGAACUUCAGAGGACACACGUCAAAAAAACAACCCUGUGAUGCCUAAUGGACUCUACGAGGAUGCUGCGGCUGCUCCUCUUUUGAUCUAUACUGGCCAGUGACUGAAAAACAUCCCGUGACUUCCUAAACCCAAGUGCUUCUAUCUGCUGACCUCUUACAGUGACACGCGGACUUACAGUUCCCUGCGGUCUAUAGUGGUGGUAGUGGUGGUGGUGGUGACGACAGCGGUGGUGGUGAAGUGUUCGGCCGGUCUGGUUUUCGGGGAUGGUUGCUUUUUCCCGUGACUGCCCACCCUGAGAUGACCUGCCGUGACCUGGUUCUUCCCUCCUGUGCCGUCCGGGUCAUGCAUCCCUAGCUGUCCGGCACACGCUUCCUGGAUGUCUCUUGGCAGGAGGGCGUCGCCGCCACGCCUGCCGCGCCAUAGAGUCAUGGAAAGAAAGGAGCUGCCGCUAGACGCCCCUCCUGACGGCUUCACGGACAAGGCGGUGGAGUAGUCUAGGAGGCGGCGGCAGCGAUGGUGGGAGGUGGCGGUGACAGGACGCCGCUGCUAAUGGUGGCUCGCUGUCCUUCUCCUUCCAAUGACGACCCUGCGUGGGGUUGCUCUCCCGAUCCUGCGUCCGUCCCUCCCCCCACCCCUCCACUAGCAGCUCCCUGUGUGGACCAUGCUCAAGGGAAGCGAAAAAAAAUCCUUGCCAAGUUGGGUCUUUCUUCCGUGCUUUCGCCUCGUGCCCCGCCAGCCACGAGCACAGCGAAUGCAACGGGGAUGACAAAACCACGCGGAAGGAGCAUUAGUCUGUCCCUCAGUCUACCAUGGACGCGACAAAAAUAUUUUGGCAAGGGCCGUGCUGUCACGGCAGAUAUUGCCUUAAAACCAGAACACAACAGCUGCCUAAAGAGUAGGGCGAAUGAGGAGGAAGGCGAGGAGUCACCCGUCCUCCUGACGUCCCCGGAGGCUACAAAAAGGAGAAAACGCCGGUUAUGGUGGACAUCGCGGGGCUAUAAGACUGUGCCGGCGGAGGCCCAGAAUCAGACCACAAAUCAGGUGAGCUGUGAGAGGCCAUCACAAGCCUGGGUUCCCGCCGCCCCGGCCUGGUCCUCUGUAAUCCAGGGAUUGCAGUCUGUGGCCCUGGUGUUGGUUGUGACUCUCCUGAGCCCUGUCGGUGCAUUCUGCCCACGCGGGUGUGUGUGUGACGACCAGAGGCUGCGGUCCCAAUGCGUCAACGCCGACUUGGACGUGAUCCCCAUACUGAUGAACCCCGGCACACUGGAGCUCAACUUAAGCCACAACAAGAUCAAGACCAUCCUGGAGGGCUUGACUUUCUACGACGUGCUGCAGUACCUUGAUCUCGCCCACAACGAGGUGGUGUCGCUUGGCUCACAGAACUUUGCAUCACAGCGGUCGCUUCAUACACUCAUCAUUAACAACAACAAAAUCUCAAAAAUUCACAGCAGAGCCUUUCUCGGCCUUUCUAAGCUCACUACUUUAGAUUUAAGUGACAAUUAUAUCGAAACCAUUGAAAACAAUGCUUUUGGCUCUCUGGGAAAACUGAAACUCCUCGAUUUAUCUAACAAUCGAAUAAAAAAUCUGACCAUAAACACUUUUGCAAAGCUCCGGGGGCUCAAAGUGCUCAAUCUGUGCAAAAACGAGCUUAAGCAUGUAUUUUCUGAAGUUUUUGAGCCUCUGAGGGAACUCGAGGAACUGGACUUGUGUUCCAAUCAGAUAACGAGCAUCCAGAAUUUCGCCUUCAAGAGCCUGAAGGGCUUAAGCAUCCUCAAGCUGAGCAAUAACCAGAUGUAUCACAUCCAAGAAAAGGCCUUCAGUGGCUUGGACUCUCUGAAUCUCCUGGGUCUGAAGGAUAAUGCGUUCACUAGCAUACCAAGCCUCGUUCUCGCGUCCAUUAGUGAUCUGGAAGAACUGGACUUCAGCAUCAACCCUCUGACGUCACUUCCCUUUGGUCCCUUUGUACAUGUUCCCAAACUCAAGAGUCUCCACAUAUCACGGUGUGAGAAUCUGUCCUCCAUAGAUAGUGGAGCAUUCACUAGCUUGGGAUAUCUCACCUCACUGGCGCUGAGCUUCAACCCUCAGCUAACCUCCCUCCAGCGAGACGUGUUCAAGCCGCUCUCCAGCCUCCGGCAUCUGGUUCUCAGAGGUAACGGUCUGAGGACUUUUGACAGGUCUCUCGUCAGCUCCACCGUUCUCCAGUCCCUUGACCUGCGGGACAAUAGCCUCGAGUGUAACUGCUCCAUCAAGUGGCUGCAAGAGGCCAGCCUAAACAAUAGCAUCUCACUUAAAAUUGAGGAGAUUUUGUGCGCAGGCCCGGAACUGCUAAGAGGAAGAAGCCUCUCAGAGUUAUCAGAAUAUGAUCUGGAGUGCUACAAUAACGUAGUCGUGGUGGCCUCUUGUGCCGCCGCCUCCAUGGCCCUCGUGCUCCUCCUUGUCGCCUUCGGCAUUGUGUAUUACAAGAACUGCCGUAAGAUGAAGGCGAUGGUGCACGACCACUGGCCCGAAAAGAUCGUGGCUACGUGGAAGGACCCAGAAUACCAAAAACAACAGUUGGAGGACGAGGAAUAUACUUUCCAUUCACUGCGUGGUGUCCAGCACAUUCCCGUCACAGUCAUCUGACAGGAGCUCGGUGGAGACCAGCCCCCGCCCGCUGGCCUCCACGACGAGCUCAUCAACAGGACAAAGGCGCUCAAAAACACUUUCAAGCCGGAGGACACCAUCAGAAGAUCCUCUCGCCGCUCCGGAAACAGUCGGACUCUCCAGGACCACUACUCCUCGCUCAAGGCCCCGUCAAGGGCCACCCAAGAGGGAUACUUCGGUGUGGUUCCGCUGGAGAACGGGGUGGGUUGCAACAACGGCAGCAGCGGCAACAGCAACACCAGCAACGGUAUCCAGCGAAUCUCACACUACCUACCGCCCUCACCUCCACCUGGCGCCGCCCCUCGCAACCACAAGCCGCCCAUUUACGCGGAACCGCAAAUAAAGAUCCGCCCCGGAAGCAGUGACGGGGCUGCCACGAAGACUUCUAAGGACUCCGGGUAUUACUCGUGUGAGUUUCUAGAUCAGAACCCGUACACUGGCUCCAUGAAGGAAGCCAGCAAGGCAAGAGGAAACUCCUUCCAUUCCAGCAGGAGCCUGGGCCGCCACCUGCCACCCAGCGACUCCGGCGUGUUCACGCUGAGCCACGUGUACGCGCGCCAGGGGCAGCAGGGUUUUAGCAGCCAUCAGGAAGGCAUUUACGACAACAUAAUAUAAUGCCGGGUCUCGGCUGAAGGGGAACUCUCACGCCCCGUGUUUCAUGGUUAAUUAUUACAUAAUAUCACGUUUUUCCCUCAUUUGUAUAGCAAAUAGUUACUGUUAUAAGUCACAUUUGUUUCUCUCAAUGCAUGAUAUUGUAAAAUAACAAAGAUAAUUAUAACACCCACAUUACCAACACACCCCAGUUCCUCUUUGCUCAUGAACCUUCAAAGUGAUAGACUCAAGCAGCACUUUUAAGAACAUUGUUUUACCACUCGUAAUGAGUCGCAUUCGGGAGAGUCACCCUCAGAUUUAUAUCACCAUGUACAGUACCGCUCAGUCCCUCCGGACGCCUGCACUCGUUUAUUUUCUAGGUCUUAAGGAUGUUGCUUGGGAUCGGUGAGCUCUUCGCUGCGCCACCGAUAAUCAAAACCCAAAGACGACGCAGGAAAGUCGCCAUUGUCUUGGAUACCAGUGUCAGAUUGAUUGGAUAAAUAAUAAUAGUAAUAAUAUUAAAACGAUUUUGUAUACUAUCAACUGUUUUUUCCCGUCAUUAAAACUAUGAUUAUGCUUCA